CUGCUUUAUGCUGCUCUGAGUGGAGAUUGGUUUUGGCUGAGGUUGUUUUGUGAAACUCACAAGUAUCAUGUGGUCUGCCAACUCCACGUCUUAGCAAGGGCAUUCUGUGAAGGCAAGGCCAUGGGGUGGCUGCAGAGGAGAGGACCAGUCCUGCUUUUUAAACCUAUCAGAAUUCUUUGCAAGAUCAUGAUUCUGGAAGGAAGUGGUGUAAUGAAUCUCAACCCCAGCAAUAGCCUCCUCCACCAGCAGCCGGCCUGGACAGACAGCUACCCCAUGUGCAAUGUAUCCAGUGGGUUUUUCGGAGGCCAGUGGCAUGAAAUCCAUCCUCAGUACUGGACCAAGUACCAGGUGUGGGAGUGGCUUCAGCACCUGCUGGACACCAACCAGCUGGAUGCCAGUUGCAUCCCGUUCCAGGAGUUCGACAUCAAUGGAGAGCACCUCUGCAGCAUGAGCUUGCAGGAGUUCACCCGGGCGGCGGGCACCGCGGGGCAACUGCUCUACAGCAACCUGCAGCAUCUCAAGUGGAAUGGCCAGUGCAGCAGUGACCUGUUCCAGUCCACACACAAUGUCAUUGUCAAGACUGAACAGACCGACCCUUCCAUCAUGAACACUUGGAAAGAAGAAAACUAUUUAUACGACACCAACUAUGGUAGCACAGUAGACUUGUUGGACAGCAAAACUUUCUGCAGGGCCCAGAUCUCCAUGACAACCACUGGUCACCUUCCUGUUGCAGACUCGCCUGACAUGAAGAAGGAGCCAGAGCACCCUACAAAGUCCCACACCAAGAAGCACAACCCCAGAGGAACUCACUUAUGGGAAUUCAUUCGCGACAUCCUCCUGAAUCCAGACAAGAACCCGGGGUUGAUUAAGUGGGAAGACCGGUCUGAGGGCAUCUUCAGGUUCUUGAAAUCAGAGGCCGUGGCUCAGCUCUGGGGCAAAAAGAAGAACAACAGCAGCAUGACCUACGAGAAGCUCAGCAGGGCCAUGAGAUACUACUACAAGAGAGAAAUUCUGGAACGGGUGGACGGACGAAGGCUGGUAUAUAAAUUUGGGAAGAAUGCUCGUGGUUGGAGAGAAAAUGAAAACUGAGCAUCGGCCCCCAAGCACAAUCCAAAACACACCCGGAAUGACUCAUAGCCAGCCAAGGACUCCUGGACGUAAAUAUUUCAAAGACUAUUUUUCUCUGAUAUUUAUGUACCACGAGUGGAAAAAAAUAUAUAUAUAUAUAUCUACUUCGAACGGGAAGAAGGAACACUACGGUUGAUAAAAGAUUAUUUUGUUACUUUGAAGUAUGUCCUAUAUGGGGAACCAAUGUACACAGUUUUCUGUGAAAUACGACGCUGUAUGUGGUUGUGAUUUCUUUUUGCCUCUAUUGUGAAGUUCUUUCCUGCCACGAGAAUAACAAGGGGUGUAGCCUUGCGCUUCUUGCUGAGAGAAAGAAAAAUCAAAGGGCAUUAAAUGUUUUCAGGUGUGUGCAAAAUGAUUUAG